ACCACUCACCGCGCAGAGAGAGUGAGCAGUGAGCAGUGAGGAAGAGAAGAGGGUUCAGUAAGUAGCCAUCGCUCGGCGGAGAAGGAGGAUACGUACACGGCGUCCCUCCCAGACCCUACCUCGUGUGCGUGUGUGUAUGUGUGUAUGUGCGUCAAACCCCGCGUGUGAAGGUGUGACGUAGCCUGCAGCCGUGAGCCGCGUCUCUGGUUACUGAAAGGUGCUUUUGGUGUUGUGUGGCGGCCGUGCAGGUGUGGGGCGCAAGCACAGGUAAAUAAAAGUGUGUACAAGUGAGAGUGAUGGAGGAGGUUCUUGGGAGGACGGUGAGGGCGCGGAAAUGAAGACUCGCCACCACCAGGAGGAGGAGGAAGAGACCCACGAACCACGUGAUCCGCGGACUGAAGGGCAAGUGGUCUGCACCAACACCACCACCACCACCACCUCCACCGUCAUCAUCGCCAUCCCCGCCUACAGCGUCCACCGCCCCUGUUGCCCCGUAACUACUGUUGGUGCCAUCGGUGUGAGGCGUGCGGGCGGUCUGGCGGGCGUGGCAAGGCGUCAUGGCAUCUUUCCUGCAGUUUGCGCUAUCCCCUUUCCCGAGGCGGCGCUCAAGGAGAGGCUCCUCUGCCUCCUCCCAGGACACGGCAUCUAGCACGCCGCCCACGCCCACACCCACUCGAGUCUCGCCGCCCAAAACUCGUUCGGUGGGUAUCCAGACGCCCGUGCUGGAGCGGCGGGCGGGCCACGGACUGAGGGAUGCGCCUUCCACGCCAGGGUCACUGCGGCGCCUCAAGGGUGCAUGGGGCGCCUCCCCACUGUUGUCUCGACGUUCCUCCCGCGACACCCUGCGCGAGGACAGCCUCACUCCCACUCCCGCGUCCUCACCACCGCCACUCCCCGAGAUGCGCCUCUCCACGGCAUCCUCCAGGAGGUUAACCUCUCCUCCCGCCACCUCCUCCUGCGCCUCCCUCAGCAGCCACGAGCCGCCGCCCACUCCACCAUCCUCCUGCAACUCCUCCUUCCACUUUGAUGGCCCUUCCACCUCCACGCCCACGCCCACACGCCGCCGCCGCCCAUCUGACAGCAGCCUGGACAGUGAGGGCGCGCAUGUGGUCCAUGUGGGAGCGGCGGGGCUGGAGAUGGGAGGAAUGCACGGGCGGGGAUGGCAGCGUGAGGAGCGGGAGGUGGUGCUGAGGGGCGUGGGCGGCAGCGGGCGGCGGGCGGUGGUGCGGGAGAGUGUAAGGAUGUCCCAGUGUGUGGUGUGGGAGUGUCUGUCGCUUCCUAUCCUCGGCAGACGGAAAACACAGCGCAAAGGGGAGGAGGUCGUCGCCCCGGAGUACUUGGCUUCGAACCGGGAACAGCGGACCAGCUUUAUCUCAGAGGAGGUGCGCGGGGUCAGCACUGUGCAGCUGAUCAAGAAGGAAGGCUGCACACUCGGCAUCAUCGUGGCUGGCGGCGUCGAUAAGGGCCACCGUGCUCGCGUCGCCAACCUCAGGCCUGGCUCCCCCGCCCACCGCUCAGACGCCCUCUCCGUCGGCGACUACAUCCUGGCGGUGAACGGCGUGCGCACCCAGGCCCUCAGCCACGCCCAGGUGGUGUCCCUCCUCAAGAAUGCCGGAGAGAAGGUCGACCUGGAGGUGGAGUACGAGAUUCCAAACUCCCCGGUGCAGGGGAGUGGAUGUGUGGUGGCACGAACCGUGGGCGUCUUGUUGGAGAAGGAGGAAAACAGCUUUGGGUUUACAGUGCGAGGAGGCACUUCCCUUGACCCCUCCAAGACACGGCCACUGAUCAUCACUCAUGUCAGGCCCGGCGGGCCAGCUGACAGAGAGGGAACCAUCAAGGCUGGAGACCGUCUGGUGGCUGUGGACGGACGAGACCUCAGCCACUGUUCCCUGAAGGAUGCCCAGGAAAUGCUGCAGAGAAUAGAACGAGCAGCAACACUUACCAUUGAGUAUGAUGUGUCAGUGAUGGAGAGUGUGAGGGCCUCAGGUGGGCCGCUGUUGGUGGAAAUAGAGCGAGCUGCCGGCACAUCACUUGGCAUCAGCCUCACUAGUGCCCAUCCGGAGCCGAGUACCAUCAUCAUUGAAACCAUCCGGCCCGCCAGCAUUGCUGAAAGGUGUGGGGCGCUGGCAGUGAAUGAUGUGGUGGCAGCCAUUGAUGGCACCCGGCUGGACCAGCUGACAGUGGCAGAGGCAGCACAACUCCUCAAGACAGCACCAGGUUCCCAUGUGACCCUGGAGAUCAUCCCUGGACCUGCAGCCCAGUCCAAGAUACCCUUCUGCAGGGGAGGUGGUGUGGCCUUUCCUCACCUGUAUGGAGUGGUGGGCAGCAGCAGUGGGUAUAAUAGCAGUGGUGGGGGGGGAGGAGGGGGCUACUUAUCCCCUGGCUCAAGUUACAACACCCUCACCUCCCAGAGAACACGCUCAUCAGCUGCCCGGAGAGUCAAUAGGAGACCCAGGCCAGGUGACCGCUCUGAUACAGCAUCCCUCUCCUCUCACACCACAGGAGGAAGUGUUGGAGGUGCUGGAGUUGGUGUGUGUCAUUCUGAGUGCCUCACAGUAACUCUGGUGGUGGAGGGCCGAGGCUACGGUCUGGUGCUGCGGCCGCCUCCCCACGCCACUGACCCAGACACAGCCUUACCUUUUGUGGCAGCGAUGGAUCCUGGUGGCCCUGCUGACAAGUGCAGUGUGAUUUGUGUGGGUGACCGCAUCAUGGGGGUCAAUGGACGCAGUGUGUCAGGCCUUGGGGUGAGCGAAGUCACGCAAAUGGUGGCCAAUUCUCGGCCCACAGUCACUCUUGAUGUGGAGUUUGACGUGGCUGACUCUGUGGUGCCGUCCUCAGGAACCUUUGCUGUCAAGCUGGCCAAGCGACACAAUGGCCUGGGCAUUACCCUUACUGUAUCACGACGUGCUGGAGCUGGAGAACCGCUGCUGAUCAGUGAGGUGGUGCGAGGAUCACCUGCCCACCGGUCCGGCACCAUGCAGCCCGGUGACCGCCUCCUGGCCAUUGAUUCCACCCGCCUGGAGCAUCUCACUCUGGAGGAUGCCAAGUCCAUCCUGCACUGCUGUGAUGACAUUGUGACACUCAGAGUACAAAAGGAUGAGCUCUAUUCAGCAGAAGAGAGUGGCAGCCUGGUGAUGUACACAGUGGAGCUGGUGAGACAUGGAGGUGCUCUGGGCAUCACCAUCUCUGGCAGCGAGGAGCCCUUCGACCCCAUCUACAUUGCAGGGCUGGCUCCUGGUGGACUGGCUGAUCGCACUGGAGCCAUUCAUGUUGGAGACCGACUGCUUGCCAUCAACGGUGUGUCACUGCGAGGGAAGCCACUCAGUGAGGCCAUCCUCAUGUUGCAGAAUUCAGGAGACACUGUCACCCUUAAGAUCUCCCGCCCCAGAGACUCAGCAGGAGUCACCAGUGAUGACUUGGGCCGUAAUGACUGGCUGGGUCGCUUUGGGCCAGCCAUCCCUUCAGUGGACUCAGCAGUGGAGUCCUGGGACAGUUCAGGUCUGGACCCUGUCCCUCCUGGUUCCACGCCAGCACUGUCCAAGAGAGAUUCAGGCUCAGAUAUUGUUUUCAGAUCAGACUGCGGCAGUACUGUGCGGAGGAGAGCAGGCAAUGAAGGGAGAGAAGAGUUGGCAGGGAGUGGGGACACAGACAACAGUGAGGCCAACAAAAGAUCCAUGGAAGGAGACAUGGAUGAGGCUCGCAGGUCACCCUCUCCACCACCCUCCAUAGAUAGUGGACAGUCAGAAGACAAAACUGAUUGGGACAAGAUGAUUGCUGACCUCAAUCAGAUCAGUGAAAGUUGUGGCCUGCGAGAACUUCCUCACACCUCUCACACACACCUGUCGCAUACACGCACAGUGUCACCACAACUCCACAAAGAGGUCCAUGUGAGUGGGCUGGAGGGGCUCAGUUCCACAAAGACCAUUGGGGACACUGCCCUCUGCCCAACCCUUGCCAGUCGUCGCCGAGCAGGAGACCGCUCAGACGUGAAGGAGGAAGGCAGUUACUCUGUUAGUCAUGCCACCCUCACCUACUCCAGAACUACCUCACCCCCUCGCCAUGUGACCUUCCCUGCAGCAGAUGGUGGACAGGUCUACCAAGUGACACUCCAUAAGGACUGUAUUUAUGAAGACUUUGGCUUCAGCGUAUCAGAUGGACUGUACGAGAAAGGUGUUUAUGUCAACAGGAUAAGAAAAGCAGGUCCAGCUGAUAGGUCAGGAGUCUUGAAACCCUAUGACAGGAUUCUUCAGGUUAACGACACCCGCACACAUGACUUUGACUGCUGCCUGACAGUGCCUCUGAUGGCUGCUGCCGGGGACCGCUUGGUGCUGGUGGUGUCACGCAACCCUCAUGCUCACCCCACACUGGACUUCUCUUCAGAUGUUCUCUCCCCAACUUGGAAUAGCAUAGAAGAGAGCAAAGAGGAGGAAGAAGAAGAGGAGGAACAUGAUCUUGCUCAAGAGCAUGGCAGUCCACUAUACUCCCCACUGACUCCCUCUCUCACUCCAAUACCCACAGUCCUAAAGACACUCUGAGUUUUAAUAAUAUUAUUGUUAGGAUGCAAAGAAGUAUCACUAAGGGACUUCAUUCUUAUCUUUCCUCCUCUGUUAAAGUUAAAUCAAAACAAUUGAAAUGAAGCUUACCUUUGCA